AAUUCGCCAGGUUCUAGUAGGAGAAAUGGCGUACCCUAGCUUACGUGGCUUUCUACUAAUCGGUUCGUUCGCCUCGUACUGUCUCGGUAUCCUGCUGGUUUACGCUUUGGGAGCAUCUUUUAAUUGGGACAUUGUGGCCUUUAGCGGCGUCGUGCUUCCUAUUAUAGCUUUUAUCGCUCUCUGUUUGGUGCCCGAAAGUCCGGCCUGGCUCGUUAGACGGAAGAGAGAUGAAGAAGCCAAGAAGGCCCUUUUAUGGCUCAGAGGUGGCGAUAUAGAGCAGAUGAAUGCCGAAAUAGCUCUCUUGAAUACGGGGAUGAGAACGGAUCUGACUGAGAAGCCUGUAAAUGUCUCGCUGAAGAAAAGGAUCUCCUCGGUGAUGUCCACUGUACGAGAUCCGGGCGUGCUGAAACCAUUGAUUAUCAUUAACGUAUUCAAUAUUCUUCAAUUGAGCAGCGGAACGUACAUUAUCGUGUUCUACGCCGUCGAUAUGAUGAAGGAUAUCGGCGGCGGCGAAGUCGAUAAUUAUUUGGCGGCCGUGGUGACGGCAAUCAUCAGAUUUAUCUUCUCCAUUGUAUCUUGCGUUGUUCUACUUAAAAUGGGCAGGCGAUCCUUAGGUAUCAUUUCGGCGCUAGGCACGUCCUUGGCUUCGUUGACUCUCGCGGGAUACAUGAUCGCCCGGAAGGAGGAAUCUUCCGUAGACGCUUAUGUGUUAGCCGUAUGUUUGUUAUUUUACGUCGGUGCGAACACCGUGGGUCUGCUGACGCUUCCUGGACUGAUGACCGGCGAACUAAUGCCCCUAAGGGCUCGAGGUAUCGGUGGCGGAUGCAUCUUCUUCGUCUACAAUCUACUUUUGUUCUUCAUUACCAAGUGCUUCCCAUGGGUAUAAUAUUUAAAAUUAAUAUUUAUAUUAUAUUUACAAAAGUUGAUUAUAAAAAAUACCGCGUGUGCAAGAUGAAAAUCUUAAAAA